CAGUGCGUGCGCGACCGUAAGAGAGGCAGCAGCAGCGGUGGCGUCGUUCGGUUGUUUCGCGGUUGUUUGAGAAGUGUGUUUUUCGGAACCCGAGGCUGCGCGGCGCGGCGCGAACGAGCGGCGCACGGGACGGAUAAUCAAAAUAUUUAAACUCGCGGGGAAGCCCCUGACUCACCGUGGAUUUCGGAUAAGGGAGUGAGAGGGAGAGAGAGAGGAGAAGACGCAUUUAUGAACCUGAUUUAGUGCCUGUGUACGUUUAAAAUCUCCCGCCGCCCGCGGUGCGGGUUCUAAAAAGCAUCCCGGCAAGUUUUAAAACUCAACCCCACAUAACCCUGUUUAUUAUUCUAUUUUGAUAAACGUGCGUGAUAAUGGAUUAAUUUUCUUCAACAACACAAAACCUGUUUAAACAACCCCGCAAUUUACACUCUGUGCUUAGCGUACGCCAGUGCUCACCUACGGCACCGGCAACCACACGAUAAAUUAAGGCCGAAGUGAUGCAACGGACAGGCUUUUGAAGGAGUGCGGUUUCGCCGUGAAGAUGGGUCCCUGUCGAGGCACGACGGGUGCUUUGGUGGCGCUGCUUAUCCUCCAGGGAAGCCUUUGGGGCGCGGAAUCGGAUUCAACUAUUGGCGCGUCGAGCGGAAGUCCCUCGGGAUCGGGGCUUGGCUCUUCGAGUUCCGGGGGCCACUCGAGCCUCGGAGGUUCAACGGGUAAUGGAAGGUGCGAGGAGAUAACGAUACCGAUGUGCAGGUCGAUCGGUUACAACCUGACCGCGAUGCCGAACGAGCUCAACCACGACACGCAGGAGGAGGCCGGCCUCGAGGUCCAUCAGUUCUGGCCCCUGGUCGAGAUAAAGUGCUCGCCGGACCUCAAGUUUUUCCUCUGCUCGAUGUAUACGCCGAUCUGUCUACCGGAGUACUCCAAGCCGCUUCCGGCCUGCAGAAGCGUCUGCGAGAGGGCAAGAGCAGGCUGCGCACCGCUGAUGCAGCAGUACGGGUUCUCCUGGCCGGAGCGGAUGGCCUGCGAGCGGUUGCCAAAUCACGGAGACCCGGAGAACCUCUGCAUGGAACAGGACAACCACACUAGCAGCGCCGCUAGCAGCGCCCCCAUGCCGCCCCCACCACGGCCGACGAAGCCGUCGAGGCCGACGCAGCCGCCGAGGUGCAAGCCGGGUAAAAAUCAAAAAAACUGCCAAAAUCCCCCAGGGGAAAGGGCGAGGGAGUGCGCGUGUCGAUGCAGAGCACCUCUCGUACCUCUGGGGGUCGGCGGGGCGGUAAGCAGCGUGGCCGUCGGGGGGGCGCCAAGUCUGGGGGUGGGGAUGGGUCUGGGACUCCCGCAGGACAUUGCCGGGGUCCCAGACUGCGCCCUACCCUGCCACGGCGCGUUUCUCACCCACGAGGAACGCGGGUUCGCGGCGGUCUGGCUCGCACUGUGGAGCGGCCUUUGCGCCGCAAGCACUCUCAUGACCGUGACCACCUUCCUGAUCGACACCCAACGCUUCAAGUACCCUGAACGGCCGAUCGUCUUUCUCUCGGCGUGUUACUUCGUCGUGUCGCUGGGUUACCUGGCACGCAGCGUCCUAGGGCACGAGGAGAUCGCUUGCGAGGGUCCGGCACUAAGGUCCGGGGCCCAAGGCCCUGGCGCCUGCGUCACGGUCUUCCUGAUGAUAUACUUCUUCGGUAUGGCAUCGUCGGUCUGGUGGGUCAUACUCGCGUUCACUUGGUUCCUCGCCGCCGGUCUCAAGUGGGGUAACGAAGCGAUCGCCUCCUACUCCCAGUACUUCCACCUCGCAGCCUGGCUCGCCCCGACGGCCCAGACCGUUUGGGCCUUACUGGCCGGCGGCGUCGCCGGCGAUCCGGUCGCCGGAGUUUGCACCGUUGCUCCGGAGGGCGUUCGCACCUUUAUUCUGGCUCCGCUACUCGUCUAUCUGCUAUUGGGCACGAGCUUCCUGCUGGCCGGGUUCAUCAGCCUCUUCCGGAUCCGGUCGGUCCUGAAACGUCAGCCCGGCGCGAAGGCUGACAAACUCGAGAAGCUCAUGAUUCGCAUCGGCGUUUUCUCGGUCCUUUACACCGUGCCAGCUAGCGCGGUCCUUGCCUGUCACCUAUACGAGUCCACCCUCAGGGACGAGUGGUUAAGGUCCCUGGCCUGCCCUUGUCAGCCGCGGGCACGACCUCUCUACUCGGUUCUCAUGCUCAAGUACUUCAUGGCCCUUGCGGUCGGCAUCACCUCCGGUGUAUGGAUAUGGAGCGGGAAGACCCUCGACUCCUGGCGGCGGCUGUGGCGUAGACUGUUCGGAUCGGGCCCCGGCAACACCGGCGUCAAGGGGGGUGUCGGCCGCGCUGGGCCUCAGUACCCCCCACCACCCGCCGGCGGGGCUCUUCUCCCACCCGGCAGCGUAGCCAGCGCUUCUCAGCACCACCUUCACCACCACGUGCUCAAGCAGCCGCCCCUCUCGCACGUAUGACGUCACCAGUCGGCGGGGGGCGACAUGAGCACCGCGGGUUGCGAGCACCAGGAAAGACCGUCCGCGCUUAGCAACUACGGACCCAUUUAGCCCUUCGCCCCGGCCUCCAGGAGGCACGCGUCCUCGACUCACCAACAACCACCCACCUCCCACACCGCUCCUCACACUCCUCACACCGCUCCUCACACACCCCAUUCAGCAGCUACCAUUUACUCGAGGAGGUCACUCGCGUCCACCAUGGGACCACUCACUCCGGCCCAUGCUCUCACACCGUCCUACAAUCAGGCCACAGAGGUGUGAGACGGGGAGCGGGAUCACCGUAAGGGAUUCUCUAUUGGCAAGGCAGUCUCAAAAAUUACGGUGUUUGAGAAAAAAAAAUUUUUCACCGAAAUUCUCGCAUCUCACACGAUAACGAUCGAACAACGUCUCGUUACGGUGGUUUCUUUGGUUUUGUCCUAGCACUGAUAUCAUCCAUUUUCGAUUUCUCGUUUCUUAAUAUAUUUAUUUUAUAGAAACUUAAAUUUGACUCGAAGACAGCGCAAUUUUAACCGUUAAUUUUUUUUUUUGUCCUCUCAUGACGACACUUUUUAUGAUUGUAGGUACAAUACGAUUAUAUAUAUCUGAAGUUUGAAAGACUAUCGAUAAAGUUUAUCGGUUCAAUGGAUAGAUUUGUACAUUCGGGAUCAACAAUGUCUUUGCACAACGAAUAUCUACUUUCAUUUUUGCACAUUUCAAAAAUUGUUUUCCGGCAGCUUCAUUCUUAGACAUUUCUCGCAAUCGGACGCAGUGAUGAAAUGAAAAAUGCAUAUUUUUGAGAUUUCGAUUCGAAAAAUUUCUUUCGAACACCUGGAAAAUUAAAAAAAAAAAAAAAAAAAAAUGCCCGCCUGUUUGAGGCUUAUGUGAAACAUAUGUCGCGUGUACAUACAUGGAGAAAACCUUGGAAAGAUGAUGGUGAGGGGUUGUGUUCAAAACGUGAAUCAGCGAGUCUGAUUUUAAUACCUAAAUUUACUCGAGAGCCUCGAGUGAGUGUCAGAGCUUUUGCCAAAAUGUCUUUAUUCACUAUCCGCCAUCCGAUACGUCUCAGAUAAAGUUAUCGAUAGAUAUUUCUUCACCUCUGUUGCUCAUGGACAUUCGGUACUCUGUUGCACGGUGGAUAUUUUCCGGAGGAACCAGUGUCUGAGUUUGAUACGAACCGUUCGAAAAUACGCUAUCUUACUGCUCAUUCGAUGUGAACCAGUGAUAAAUAAGAGUAAAUUAAUGAUUGCAAAGUGUAAAUAUCACGAAAAAAUCCGAUUUGGAGUGACUUGAAUGUACCAAAAUCCUGAAAUUAUCGAACUAAAGUUUCCGUUUUGUACAUUUUUAUGAAUCGUACGAAUAUCUUGAAAUUUCCAAGUUGACCGUGAAGUAAAAAUUCUCGUUCACCUAAUGAACAAAAUUUGAAAUAAAAUAUUCUGGGUCCCCGUAAUUUCCCGCGCGCUCAAAAUUUAGGAACCGAUAAAAAGUAGAAGCAUAUUCGAUUAUAAAUCCUAAACAAUAUAAAAUGAGGAGAAAGAAAUACAUGACUAGCUAUAAGAGUUGGCUAUACAGGAUGGUCCUGCAGCGCUUGCCGAAAUACGUAAAUCCCGUGUCUUAGAACGAGCCUAGAGCCGAAAAAAUCUUGCGUCGUCGGCGUGAAUGGUUUAUUUAUUGUUAACGUUUUCUUUCUUUUUAUUUUCUUUAAAAAUCACAAAAUAAAAAAAGAAAGAAAACGAAAACUAUAUUGUGAGUUGGAUCGUCUUGGAACACUGAAACGCCUCGUCGACCGGAAGUAGAUAUGUCUUGACGCUAGGCUCCUUCUCCUAUUAUAUUACUAUGUACUAUGUAAACCCGCCACAUAAUUCUUUCAUCUCUUUCUUCUCUCUCUCUCUCUCUCCCUCUCUCUCUCUGUCUAUAUCCACCCCCUCCCCCUCCCCCUCCUUUUUCAACUUUUACACUUUUCACGUAUGUAAUAACGUUUGCGGACAUUCCGUGAGUCCGUUUCUGUCCGUCUCUCUGUGUGUGUGUCGUUUCGUCUAUUUAUCUAUACAUAAGCGUAGCAUAUUAUAGCUGUAACAAUACAUAAUACAACAUAAAAAUAGCGGUAGUAGUAGUAAUAAUAAUAAUAAUGAUAAUAAUAAUAAUCAUAAUAAUAAUAAUAAUCGUAAUAAAUAUAACUAUAAUACAGCAGGAUUCGCGACGCUCGUCAACGUAUUUCCGGUAUCCACUAUUUAAUAAUGUAUCACCGUAUUAUAUACCCAAUAAUACAUUAGUUAUAGAUUUUUCUACGUCAUUGUAAAACGCGUUUUCAUCUUCAUCGAUUCCCGCUCUUAGAAAUUACGUGUGUAGAACAUUUCGCAACGAACCACGGAUGACGGAUCGGUAUAAUUUGUCGUUUGAAAAAAGUUUGAAGGUAGAAGGAAAAAAAAAAACAAACUAUAACGAACAUUUUUGCCCGUCAUCGCUUUUCAAUAUUAUAUAUACAUGUGUGUAUAAUGACAGAUGAAGGAAACUUGACAUAAAAAAUAAUUUCUCAUCUCACCGAAGAGGUAUGUGAAAGUAAUUGGAGACCGUUAAUAGGUUGUCGAAUAGUCGUGAUUUGUAAAGAUUUUGAAAAAAUCGUUUACAAUUGGAUAACUAUUGAAAUGAGAAUUAUAAUUGAAGUAAAUGCUAAUUACGACAGUAGUUAUUAUUAAUAUAUAUAAUUAUUAUAAUAAUUAUGCCAUUGUACAUACCACACGAUUAGGGUUUAGAUCAUUGUAAAUAAAUUAUCAUUAUCCUUAUACGUACAUAUUAAUAAUAAGAAUAUUGACUAUAUGUAUAUAUACAUAUAUACAUGAUAUAUUAUUAAAUACGAAAUCGUAGAAUUUAGAGUGUACAGGUGAAAUAAUAAUAUAAUCGCAUUGCCGAAUGGACGGUUCGAUCGGAAAUUACGUUGACGUUGGGAGUGUUGAACAAAAGAUAUGAAAAUAUUUAGUUUACAUUAUUAUUUUUAUUCACUUCGUCAUUCUCAUACGGAGUAAUUUUUACGGUCUAUAACUGUAUAAUGAAUAAUCCUCGCCUUCGAUAUGUCCAAAAAAAUUUAUUCGAAGGUAAAUCGUCCUCCGUCUUUCAAUUUUUUACCACACCCCGUAUCUUUCUUGUUCUGUGCUAUUCCCCCCCCCCCCCCCCCCCCCCCCUCCAUUAUAUUAAUCUUUCUUUCGUUUGUUUUCACGUAAAAAAAAUUGAAAUGAACAUAGCGUGAGAAUCCGAAAUAUUACACGUUUCGGAAUACCCUGUUUUUUUGUUUCAUUUUUUCUUUCGUAAUUCUCUUUCCGUUUUUUGUCUUCUUGUUUCAUCAUCGUUUUCUUUAUCAGUUUCCAUAAUACUUAACGGCUGUAGAAACAACGCGAUGUACAUUGUAUUCAAAAUACCUGUGGUAGGUAGUCGAUAUAUAUACACACACACACACAUACAUAUACAACACGAGGUCAUAACAAAUAACAUUUUCCCCUCCGAGUGAGAAAAAAAAAAGACCAUCGGGUAAAAGCAAGUCGUAAUAAACCUGAUAAAACGCGAUAACUGCAAAACCAAAAGCGGCAGCUGCACUUUUGAAGAAAAAAGUUAUUCGUGCAGUCUUUGACAAGGGGGGGGGAGGGGGGGGGGGCGAAAAAAAAACUAAACGCAAGAAAACAUUAACAUAAAAUUGCAAACUCACAGUGAUAAUUGCACGCGUUGAAAAUCGUAAAAUCGUAAUUCAUAAGAUACGUAUCUUUUUUUGAAUUGCGUUGCGUUGCGUCGCGUUUAAAGACACGUGACCGCCUCGAAAAUAACUCAAAAACCAUAAACUUAUAUAUAUAUAUAUAUAUAUACGUAUUAUCUGUAUGGACACACAAAUGUGAUUUCUAUUAACGAGACUCUUAGUACAUAAUUUAUACUAUAUAUAUAACUGCUCGACACUUGCCGCAAAUUAUUAUAUGCGCAUGAAUUAAAAAAAAAAAAAAAGAAAAAAAAUAGUGAAGAAAAAACUGCUCUGCCAAACGACCGUUAUACUAAUAUAGCGACGUGUAAUUUGUAAUGCGCAAUUAAACGAUUAACAAAUAAAGAAAGAAGAAAGAAAAGGAAGAUAAUUUAUUCUCACAUAUCACCUAAAGUUAUUACAAAAAUAAUAAUAAUGAUUAUAACAAUAAUAAUAAUAAUAAUAAUAAUAAUAACAACAAUAAAUCGAGUAAUAUUAUUCGGUAAGAAGAAUGUUCGUAUGAUAAUAUAUUUAUAAGUAAAAAAAAUAUAAUAAUAACAACAACAACAACAGCAACAACAACAACAACAACAACAACAACAAUAAUAAUAAUAAUAAUAAUAAUAAUAAUAAUAAUAAUAAUAAUAAUAAUAAUAAUAAUAAUAAUAAUACUUGUAUCUACAGAUUUUGCAUUUUACCGAAUUAUGUAUACUGCGUGCGAGUCAAUGAGAAGGGAACUUUGAUCGAGAAAAAGUUUAUAUAUAUAUAUAUAAAGAUAUAUAUAUAUAUAUAGUAUAUAUGAGUAUGGAACAAAAAAAUAUAACAAAUAUUUGUAAGUCACUUUUUGUCAUAAUAAUUGUCAAUAAAAAGCGAAAAUACUAUGUGUAAAGAAACGGUUUAAAAUAAUUAUUAUUAUUACUGCUAUUAUUAUUACUAUUAUUAUUAUUAUUAUCAUUGUUAUUUUUUGCGACGGUUAGUUAUAUUUUUAUUUAGUUAUUAUUAAUAUUAUUAUUAUUAUUACUACUAUCAUUACUACUAUUAUUAUGAUCAACAUCAUCAUCAUCAUUAUCAUUUUUAUUAUUACCAAGUUCAAUUCUUGGUUUCUUCUUAUUCUUAUUUCUUAUUGUUAUUGUUUUUAUCAGUUUACGGCUUGGCGCGAAAGCAACAUUCUUUAUCUUUCGUAAAAUAAUCACACUCUUUAUUUCAGCACUGAUGGUGAUAUAUCAUUUUUUAAUUUCAAGGCUGCAGAAGUUUUUGAAUUAAAAUAAGACGAGUAAAAGAUUGAAAAAAAAAAAAAAAA